CUGAGAGCACGCUGCUGCUGAUGUGGUGUUCUGAGUUAGCUUCAGCCUGAACAGCCGAUUCAAAUACUUUCUUUGGUGAAACAGUAACGCUGCUUUGUUAGAAAUAAUGCCUUACUAUCAGACCUGGGAGGAGUUCGCCCGCGCAGCAGAGAAACUCUAUCUGACAGAUCCAAUGAAGGUCAGAGUGGUUCUAAAAUACAGACACUGCGACGGAAACCUUUGCAUUAAAGUGACCGACAAUGCCGUGUGUUUACAGUACAAGACAGACCAGGCCCAGGACGUGAAGAAAAUUGAGAAGCUCCAUGGAAAACUGAUGAGACUCAUGGUGUCCAAGGAGACGCACAGUGGUGCGAUGGAGACGGACUAAAAUGCUCUAGAAGCACCUGGACUGGUUUCAGUGGACACAGUGGUUGUUGAGAACCAUCAGAGUGCGACGUGGAGACUGAGAGAUGAGUGUUUAUAAAGAGAGAGCGUGGUGAGAUCGAUCUGGCUGCCUACACUGGCUUAAUACUAUCAGAGAGGUGAUAUCUAUAUAUACUGUAUAUAUUUUGUCCUCCCAGGAUUUUGUUUUUUAUGAUACCUUCUUGGUCAUUUAUAAGCCCAUUGUCCUGUUUUUACUUUUUAGGCAUUUUAAUCACAUCCCUGAUAGUAUUAAUACAACACAAGAUCAGUGUAGACUGCUGAGAAACUUAAGGAAACAUAAAGGUGGGAGAAGUGACAGGGCUUGGGAGAAGGUGGGGUGAGACAAAGUGUGCUGCUGUGAAAGCAGCUUUGGCACCUUGAUUUCUUUAGAGGAGCUUGCAUUUAUUUUCAGUUUUGAAGGGGACGAAAAAGACGGGCGAUGAAGACAUUUUCUUUCUGUCUAUGUAGCUACGUUGAAUUCAGUUUCAGCAGUUGGUUUCAUUUUGGUUUCCCUCAUGGAUUCGUGCCACAUGAAUGAGGCAGGACCUUCUCAUUUCAAAACAAUGGUGUGGAGGAGCCCACGACUUCUAAUGUAGAAAUCCACCACACUUCCAAAUGCCUUUUCAUCCACUGAAAGUAAUUGCAUUACAUGUUCAAUAAAUGUUUAUUUACCCUGAUACAGAAAA